AUGUCUGACACCAAGCCCCUCAUCGCCGUCGUUGGAGCUACGGGUCGCCAGGGCGGCAGCGUGGUGGACGCACUCCUGCGCAGCGGCAAGUGGCGGGUGCGCGGUCUGUCUCGCAACACUGAGUCUGCCCAGGCCAAGGCCCUCGCGGCCAAGGGCGUCGAGAUGGUGCAGUGCCACGUCAGCAACAACCCCGAGCAGCUCGUCGACGCCUUCAAGGGCGCCUAUGGCGUGUUUGCGAUGACCAACUUUUGGGACCCGGAGCUCAACCAGGAUUCACAGCUCGAACAGCAGCAGGGUCGCGCCAUGGCUGACGCUGCAGCCAAGGCCGGAUACAAGGCCACCGGCGGGGCUCUGAACCUUUCGCACUAUGCGGGCAAGUACCAGGUGGAGCACUAUGUCAGAACUCACCACAAGGACUCCUUCCCUGUCCAAUCAUUCGUUUAUGUGGGAUUCUACUUCCAGAACGUGACCACCUUCUUCCAGCCCACGAUCGAGGCCGACGGUGCGUUGGUGUUCCGCCAGCCCCUCUACAAGCAUACCACCCUCCCCCUCUUCGACGUCAACGACACCGGCAACGUCGUCGCCGCCAUCUUUGACAAGCCAGAGACAUACAACGGAGAGUCGGUGCCCAUCGUGGCGCAGAACUUAACCGUGACUCAGAUGUGCGAGGCCAUCACGAAAGUGAAGGGACGUGCGGCACGACACGAACCGCAAGACUUUGCCGAGUGGGCCAAGGACCUUUCCACCGAGACGGCCGACAACAUGCGAUGGUACAACGACUACGCCCCGAUCCACGAAGCCAGCUCUAACGAUGAUAUCGAUAAUGAGGCUGAUGACUAUCACAACAAAAAACAACAACACAGACACGCUGAGAUCACCGCCAAGGUGUACCCGGCCAUGGCGACGUUUGAGGCCUGGCUCGCCGAGUCGAGCUGGUUGGCCCAGUAG